AUGUUUGCAAGGUGCAGGAUACUUCUGCUUGCAGCGAGUGUGCAGGCUUUCAAGGUCUUUGGAGACGAUAUUACGAUAAUAGUCAGCGACCACGGAAUAGCAAAAGUCCACGCCCUCAGCAACCCCCAGAGUAUCCCUGAGAGUAUUCCGAGGGGCGAACCCUCGGGCCCAGAGAGUGAAAUUUCUGUUCUUUCCUCGAGAUCCACUGCAGAGUCCGAGAAAGAGAAAGAGAAAAAAAACUUCCUUUCCCCCGCAGAGUGUACGAUCGCAGUGGCGGAGAAGCGAGUGAGCAGACGUCAGGAAUUCCUCCUGAGAAAAGCCCUGAUCGAGCGCGGGGGAUAUCUGCAGUACAUCUACAGGAAUAUUUUCCACGGAAUUUCUGCGUGUGGGGGAAUUCCCCCGGGGGAGUUGGAGAAGGUCCUGGAAAGUGUCUCGAAUCGGGCGGUGAAAGUAGAGGCGAGCAAGCAGUAUACGCUCGCAUACAGGCAGGAGAACCUCCCAGAUAAUUUCUACGUGACGAUGAACAGCCAUCAGAAGCUCUUCCGCGUGGAUUGGGCUGACUCUCUCGUGAAUGCGUAUGUGAGAAAUGGGUAUCUCCUGAGACAGUCCAGCCUAUUCCAGUGGUACAGGAACAGAUACUUCCCCCUUCUGAGCAACUACACGGGAAAAGGGAUUACGAUAGAAGUCCUGGACGGAGAUAUUGGGAGAAUCCACAGGGAAAUUCAGGGACGAGUUUCCGUUAUUCGAAAAAAGUCUCAGAGUUCCCCGAGUUCUCACUCGACAGCUGUUAUGACGGCAGCAGGAGGGCGUACUACAGGCCUUGGGAAAGAGUCUAGCCUCAUUUUGCAUCCUGUUUUUUCCUUUGGGGUUGCGCAUCUUCCGGAUAUCCUGAGCGUUCUCGACGGAAUAUCCACGGAAAGCCGAAAAAUAAUUUUGCUGCCUUUUUCCGGGGAAAAGUCUCCUGUUCUGGACGCUUCUCUGAAGGCUUUUUACGACGCAAAAAUUCCCGUUGUAGUUUCAGCUGGGAAUAGUGGAGAGUCUUCGUGCGAGUACAGUCCGGGAAGGUCCAAGUACACAAUUACUGUGGGAAGUCUCUCUCCUAGGGGAUAUCCUGAGAGAUGGUCGAAUGGUGGGGAGUGCGUUGACGUGUACUCUCCUGGGAGUGCGACUGUUGGGGAGGUGAGUGAAAUUUCUCCAGGGACGAAGUACGGGGUAAGAGAGGGAACUAGCAUAUCCGCAGGGUAUACGGCAGGGUAUAUAUCCGUCCUUAUGGAGAGCAAAAAGGCAACUGUACCGGAAAUACGCGCAUAUUUAAGGGCUCAGACGGGAACAGGAGGAGUCCCAAUAGUUCCUGUUCCGAAUGUUGGGAGUGGGGAGGUGAUUGAAAGUGCUUUUUCAUACGGGAAUAUUCCUGCGGAUAUUUUAAUAGUUUUAAUUCCUGCGGGGAUUAUUGCCGCGUUUAUAGGGGGGAGAGUGAAGAGUGCGUGGGAUGGGCGGAGGAAGGGGGAUAAUGGAUUCACGAGGAGAAGGCCAAGGCGGGAUCUCACAGGAUGA